CUUUUCAGCUCUCACAUUAUUUCAAACUCGAAUUUAUUGACACGAAAUACAUUACAGACAGACACAAGUUUUUAUUUAAUUAUGCUGCUUGAAAAUGCAGCUUAUGGGCUACUUCUGAUUCAAUUCAUUGCAUUGUCACAUUUGCCAUAUGGCAAUGGCAAAACCCUGGCAGACAACGUCGCAGUGCUGGAUGCAACUGAAGCCAUGCGAAGCAACUCAACUGUGCAGCCACAAAAUGCGACCACAGUGAAUACAAAUAGCACAGAAAUUAAGCAAAGUGUGGAUGCUACGAUAAUACUUUCCACCUCAAAGUCUAAGCAUGUGCAGCAUAUUAGGCGUAGGCGUGAAUAUGAAGCCACGAUUCCAUACGAUUUUCACACAGCGCAUAUGCCGUGUGAUAUCGAUUCACCUCACAUCCUGCGAUAUAUCGAGACGUUUCCCAAUCAAUGUAUUUGGAUGGUAAACGUACGAUAUCAACACGAGAAUCUGUAUCGCAUUUUCAAGCUCUAUCAAUUAGAAGCACAUUUCUUUGGUCAGUACGCUGAGCGCUUGAAGCGCUACGAAGUUGAUCCACAUUAUUUCGUCUACUCAUAAAUUUGCUUAAACACAACAUAAUAUAAUAUAAUAUAAAUAUACAAAUAAAAUAUGCAAGCAAUUUACUAAUUGCAUUAA